AUGGUCAAUAAUCUAAAUUCAAAUUCAAACAAUAAUGAAUCUUCCUCUUCAUUCUCUUCAUAUGAAGAUGAACAAAGUCUUAAUCCAAUACUGUUAAACCAAAAAACAAAUGAUAAAGAUGAAUUCCAACCAAAUCAACACUUAAAAGGGAAAGAUUCUGAAAGUAUAACCUCAAGAACAACUAGAAAUCGUUCAUCUUCAUUCAAAAGACCUACAUCUUUAAUAUCCAAAUCAUCAAGUCGGAAAAGUAUUCACAAUGAAAGCAUUGAAGAAUUGGAUAAAGUAUUAACAAAAAAUUUUGAACUUGGUGAUUCAGUUCAAUUAGAUGAAACUUUUCAACCCCCAAUUAAUUCAAACCAUUCAAAUAUUUUUAAAGAAUACAAUCAAGAUGAUGAUGAUGAUAAUAAAUAUAAUAAAGAUUUAGAAUUAGGUAGACCAACUUCCAAAAUUGAAAAAAUUUUCACAAAUAAGUCAACAGGAGAAAUUGAUUUACCACCAGAUGGAGGAUAUGGCUGGGUUUGUGUAGCUUGUGUUGUAUCAAUCCAAGCAUGUACAUGGGGUAGUAAUGCAGGAUUUGGUGUUUUCUUACAAUACUAUUUAGAUAAUGAUGUUUUCCCUGGUGCAACUCAUAUGGAUUUUGCAAUCAUAGCUGGUAUUAUACUAUUUUGUGCACAAUUUUUGGCACCAUUAGCAAUGAUUUGUAUGAAAUUGUUUGGUUUAAGAGUAAUAAUGUCCGUUGCAUGCUGUGUACAUCUUAUUGGUUAUAUCUUAGCAUCAUUUGCUACAAAAAUAUGGCAUUUAUAUGUUUGUCAAGGUUUUAUCGUGGGGUCAUCAUAUUCAUUUUUAUUUGUACCUGCUAAUAUUGUUUUACCAAGUUGGUUUUUGAAAAAAAGAGGUACAGCUGCAGGUAUUUGCUUUGGUGGUACUGGACUUGGUGGUGUUAUAUUUUCAGUUGGUGUUAAUGCUACAAUUAAGAAAACUGAAACUCAAGUAUGGGCAUUAAGAAUGGUUGGUAUUGUAACAUGUUUUUUAACAACACUUUCCAUUAUUUUCAUUAAACCUAGAAUUCCAUUACCAAAAGAAUCAUUAACUAUAGAAAAUGUUAAAAAAAAAUUCAAAAAAAUGUUUGAUCCAAAAAUUUUGAAACAUCAAGCAUUAUGGAGUGUUUCAAUAUGGUUUGCAUUAUGUCUUAUGGGUUAUAAUAUGGUUAUUUUUUCAUAUUCAACUUAUGCAACAACAAUGGGUCUUUCACCAGAUCAAGCUUCAACUUUAACAGCUUUAAUCAAUGCAGCACAAAUCUUUGGUAGACCUUUUUUAGGAUUUAUUGCAGAUAGAUAUGUUGGUCGUGUAACUUAUCCAAUGGUACUUGAUAUAGUAUUGGCAAUUUUAAUAAUGGGAUUUUGGAUAAAUGCCAAAACGUAUAUAUCAUUAUUAUUUUGUGCAUUAUUACUUGGUUUCAAUAUUGGGGUUAGUAGUGUUAUGAGUGCUGUAUUAAUUGCAGAUUCUUUUACAUUAGAAGAAUAUAUAUCAGGUUGGGCAAUAAUGAAUAUGAUUUUAGCUUUUUUUUCAUUACCUGUUGAAGUUAUGGCUUUAGGAUUAAGAGAUAAUUCAAUUUCAAAUCCUUUCUUGUAUACACAAAUCUUUGGUGGGUUAUUAUUUAUUGCAGCUAUAUUUGUCUUGUUACCACAAAGAGAAUGGCAAGUUAAAUUAAGCUAUGAACGUCAAAGGAAGCAAUUUAUAAAAGAUUUAGAAAACAUUGAUGUUGAUCAUAAUAUUGUUGAAAACUAUAAUGCGGGUGCUGUAUUUGAGCGUCGUGAUGAUAAUAUUAAAGAAUUGAAAAAAGAUCUUGAAAACAGUAUAAAUGAUUGUGAUGAAAUUUUGAAGAAAGAUAUAAAACAUUAUUUUAAAAGACUUUUUUAUCCAAUGAAGAUUUAA